AUGCCUCCUAUCUCGGACCCAACCUCCAUACAGCAAGAAUUUUCAUCGGCAAUUUCUGUCUUUGCAAGCAUACAGCCCACCGUGUCCUUCGAGAAGGUGCCCAACGAGAUACACGUCGUGAUCUACAUCAAACGGCCACGCCUAAGGACCUCUAUACGACCCUUCGAAUUAGCCCGAUCGCUCUCAGCGCGUUACUGGGUUGCCGCGAAGGCAUAA